GAUUUAAUUGCAUUAUUCCCUAUAAAAAGCAUUCUCAUCCCGAGCAAACCUGAUCACUGUAAGAAGUAACCUCGAACGCGUUGGACAGCUUUUUAAUAACCAAACAUUUCAUUUACUGACAAAAAUCGGUUUCGUUGAAAGAUAGCAGAAUGAACAAGCUUGUGAUUUUGACGAUAUUCACUCUCCUGGCUGUGGUAUUUGCUGAUCAUCAUAGCGGAGGUUCUUCCAGUUUUGGUCAAGGUAGCUAUGGUAAAAGUGGUUAUGAGAAGAAAAAUUUCGGUGGAGGCGGACAUGGCCAACAAGGGUUCGGUCAAGGUGGAGGUCAUGGGCAGCAAGGAUUCGGCCAAGGAGGUCAUGGACAGCAAGGAUUUGGCCAAGGCGGCCAUGGACAGCAAGGCGGAGGGCAUGGACAGCACGGUUUCGGUCAAGGCGGACAUGGGCAGCAAGGAUUUGGCCAAGGCGGUCAUGGGCAGCAAGGCGGAGGGCACGGAUUUACACAUGAUCAACAGGGUGGUGGGCAUGAUCGCGAUCAUGGACAUGGCCAUGGAUAUAAAAAACAUGGAUAUUAGAUACGCUAGAAAUACAGGUUGAUACAGGUUUAAUGACCAUUAUUCUGAGUUAUAAUUAAAAACAAUCCGAUUUCAUUCAUAUGUCACGAAAGCUGAUAGCUGUUUUCGUCGCAUGCUGUCGAUAUCUGAAGAUUAACAACAAAACCAUGCAGUUCAAUGGAUUUUUUUCGCUAUAUUAAUGAAUUAUUAAACUUAGAGAAGAAUUUUAUUUUUGUCCCAUGCAAGAUAUGAGUUCAACUCAACUUCGGGAUUCACAUUUAGUUUGACCGAUUGAAUAAAUGCGAUUUUCAAAAUCUAA